CCGUAUCAAUGCGCAGAAGGGAAAGCACAGCAGCUGUGCGUGAAGCGCUUGGUUACAUAUCUGGCACGUCUGUGUGUGUGUUUGUAAGGCUAAUUUACUCUUCCCUUAACAACCAUGAAGUUUCAAUACAAAGAAGAGCAUCCUUUUGAGAAGAGGCGAUCGGAGGGAGAGAAAAUCAGGAAGAAAUAUCCAGACAGGGUUCCUGUAAUUGUGGAAAAAGCUCCUAAAGCCAGAAUAGGUGAUCUAGACAAGAAGAAAUACCUGGUCCCCUCUGACCUGACGGUGGGUCAGUUUUACUUCCUCAUCCGAAAACGAAUCCACCUGAGAGCCGAGGAUGCUCUCUUCUUCUUCGUAAACAACGUCAUUCCCCCUACAUCUGCCACCAUGGGCCAGUUGUACCAGGAACAUCACGAAGAAGAUUUCUUCCUUUACAUCGCCUACAGUGACGAAAGCGUGUAUGGAGAAUAGAGCCAAAGGGAAAUGACCCUCAUCCCCUCUUUCUUCCUUUUAAAACAAUAUAUAGACGUCAUGCUGGCAGCCUAGAGCUCUCAGAACUGAAGUAUCAGAUGCACUUUUGCUUUCAUUUGAUCAUAUCUCCUUUUGUGUUUUUAUCCUUUGGUCUGAUGUUUAAGAAUUUACUACGUUUUUCAUUUUUCAUGGUGCAAAAGCUCUAAUACAAUGAAAACGCCACUGAUACUGUUACAAUUCGAAUUGAUUUUCGCUUAUAUGCAGUUGUAUGUCCAUUUAUAAUAUGCACACCCUUCCUAGUCAAGCUUAUUUCAAAUGUUUCUUACCGGAAAUGAUCGUUUGCUUCUUCUAGGUGGUUUCUAACUAGCAUGUGCAGUCCAGCACUCGCUGGUCAGAUAGAGAAAUGGGACUAAAGUGUAUUCUGUUAUCAGCUAGGUCUAAUAUGCUGUUGUUACCUUGAUUUACUUUUAUUAUUGUACCUGAAGAAUGUAGGUGGGUAGAUUUAUUUGAAGUUGUAAAUCUGAAGUGCAAGUUUUAUUUGCAGUUAUGUUUUGUUUUUUUAAUCUUGGUAUUCAGUUGUAUUUCUGGUACCUUUGAUGACCAUAUAAACCAAAUGCACACCAA